CACAAAUUAGCUGUCAGAACUAAUAGUAAUAUUAUUACACCGGAAAGUUCAACGUCAAGAAGCACUUGGAAUCAAAAUGGCUACCAGUUUUGCCAAAGUAAAGAAAAUAACUACUGUGUUAAGCAUUGAUGGAGGUGGCAUCAGAGGCCUUAUUCCUGGCACUAUUUUAGCCUUUCUCGAAUCCAAGCUUCAGGAAUUGGAUGGACCAAAUGCAAGAAUUGCAGAUUAUUUUGAUAUAAUUGCAGGAACAAGCACGGGCGGAUUGAUAACCACCAUGCUUACAACUCCUAACAAGGAGGGGAGACCUGCCUUUGCUGCUAAUGAAUUAAACAACUUCUAUCUUGAGCACUCUCCUAAGAUUUUCCCUCAAUCUAGUAGCUGGAAUUUGUUGAAUCCGAUUACAAGCUUUGUGGGUGAGAUGACGGGACCCAAGUAUAAUGGGAAAUACCUCCGGAAAAUUAUAAACCAACUUCUAGGAGACAUUACUCUCAAAGAGACCCUAACAAAUGUGGUUGUACCUGCUUUCGACAUCAAGCUACUUCAGCCUGUUAUCUUUUCAACCAACGAUGCAAAAGAAGAUGUUUUGAAGAAUGCUCGGCUGGCUGACAUAUGCAUCGGCACCUCUGCAGCUCCCACCUUUCUCCCAGCACACUACUUCGAGAUUAAGGAUGCCACUCAAGGAACCCGCACUUUUGAUCUUAUUGAUGGUGGAGUUGCUGCAAAUAAUCCUACAAUGUUAGCUAUGGGCCACAUUUCAAAGGAGAUCUUCAACGACAAUUCCCAGUUCACUGACAUAAAUCCAAUGGACUGCUCACAGCUGCUAGUGCUAUCACUGGGCACUGGUGAAGCCAAGAAAGAGCCAAAGUAUAGUGCAGCCAAAGCCUCCAAAUGGGGUUUACUUAGUUGGGUUUAUGACAAUGGAAGAACACCAAUGCUCGACAUUUUUACCGAUGCAAGCUCUGAUAUAGUUGAUAUUCAUGUGUCCACAAUCUUCCAAUCGUCUGGAGCCAAGAGCAACUACCUCCGAAUUCAGGUUGACACGUUAACUGGUGAUACUUCAUCUGUUGAUAUUUCGACUAAAGAUAACAUGAAUAAGCUUAUUGAGAUUGGAACGAAUUUGUUAAAGGACCAAGUGUCAAGAGUGAACCUGGAUACUGGCAGGUUUGAGAAAAUUGAAGGAGAGGGCAACAAUGAAGAAGCUCUUGCAGAAUUUGCCAAACUACUCUCAGAAGAAAAACUGAGGCGCCAAGUCAACUGAAACUCCCUUGAUUUUGGGACAUGAGAAGUUCAAUUUAGUAAUGCAUGUUUGUCGUAGAAAAUAAUUAUUGUAUGAAGUUAUGAACUGUUUGCAUUAAUGUUGUAACUGGGUCACCUUGUAGUUCAGUUAUCUACUUGUCUGUAAGGAAAAUGGGAAAAAUCCAAUUGGAAUGAAACUGUGUUUAAACUGGGGAGUCAUAAAA